AUGUACGUCAGAAGGUCAUCAGCGGAAAAGGUCACAGGCAAUGCAACCAAGAUGGCGGCCUCCUUGUGUCAGUGUUACCAGGUUAGUUAUCAUUAAAACAUAUUUUUCCACGUUGUCUUUUAACCAGAAAUAAUUCAGGUUACUUAUUAUUGAAAAUAGCGAUGGAAUGCCUAUAUACUCAAACCGUCUUCUCCACUGCAAUACGGUUUAACGCCGAAUCAGACUAACUUAGCAGCAAGACUUAACUGAAUGGAAUCUCGUGUCAUGUCAGUGUUUGGCUCUUGAUUCAUAACCGUAUAAAAUGUGUACCAAGCAAUAGUUUGUUGCUAUCUGUAUGCACAUUUCGAAUAUGCGUCAUUUACACUUUUGCACACGUAUUACAUUUUUGCAAUCGUAAUCUCUGAGGUGGCAAUAUCAAUUGUCUUGGGCACUUAAAUUGUAGGUCUAACAAAACUUAUCAGCCAAUCAUAAUGUGGCCAGAACAAAAUUUGAGUAUUUCUAAUUGUGCAUUUCUUUCUCCAGCUGUGUGUCAGAAGAAGUUUGUUUGUGUCCAGUCCUUCAUAUUUUUUCCUACACAACAGACCUCAUGUAUACAGGAUAUGUGCGCCCCUCACAAGUUCUUCACAGGUAACCGUGAAUGUUCUGCUUGUGAUAAUCAUGCUAAUCAUUAAUUGCAUACUAGUAGACAAUUUGAAUUGUACCCUGCUUCCCUUCAGUUUAACAGUUGAGUUCUUAUUUUUAACAUUCAAAGUGCUUAGAUCGCAGCCUGUCUGUAAAUCCCAUUUCUGUUUUAGCCAACUUGUCCUUGUCCAACAAUGUAGCGUUGUUGAAUGCAGAAGUAGUCAGAUAACCACAAUUCUUUGAUUCCUAUGCAGAAAUACAUUACAUGACCAUAAGUAUGUGGACACCUGCUUGUCAUACAUCACAUUCCAAAAUCAUGGGCAUUAAUAUGGAGUUGGUCCCCCCCCCAUUGCUGCUAUAACAGCCUCCACUCUUAUGGGAAGGCUUUCCACUAGAUGUUGGAAAAUUACUGCGAGGACUUGCUUACAUUCAGCCACAAGAGCAUUAGUGAGGUCGGGCACUGAUGUUGGGCGAUUAGGCCUGGCUUGCAGUCGGCGUUCCAAUUCAUCCCAAAGGUGUUCGAUGGGGUUGAGGUCAGGGCUCUGUGCAGGCCAGUCAAGUUCUGUUGCCACAAAGAUUGAAGCACAGAAUAGUCUAGAAUGUCAUUGUAUUCUGUACCGUUAAGAUUUCCCUUCACUGGAACUAAGGGACCUAGCCCGAACCAUGAAAAACAGCCCCAGACAAUUAUUCCUCCUCCACUAAACUUUACAGUUGGCACUAUGCAUUGGGGCAGGUAGCAUUCUCCUGGCAUCCGCCAAACCCAGAUUUGUCCGUCAGACUGCCAGAUGGUGAUGCGUGAUUCAUCACUCCAGAGAACGUGUUUCCACUGCUCCAGAGUCCAAUGUCGGCGAGCAUUACACCACUCCAGCCGAAGCUUGGCAUUGUGCAUGGUGGUCUUAGGCUUGUGUGCGGCUGCUCGGCCAUGGAAACCCAUUUCAUGAAGCUCCCGACGAACAGUUAUUGUGCUAACGUUGCUUCCAGAGGCAGUUUGGAACUCAGUGAGUGUUGCAACCGAGGACAGAUUAUUUAUAUGCGCUUCAGCAGUCCUGUUCUGUGCGCUUGUGUGGCCUACCACUUCGCGGCUGAGCCGUUGUUGCUCCUAGACGUUUCCGCUUCACAAUAACAGCACUUAUAGUUGACCAGGGAAGGAAUUUGACGAACUGACUUGUUGGAAAGAUGGCAUCCUAUGACGGUGCCACGUUGAAAGUCACUGAGCUCUUCAGUAAGGCUUUUCUACUGCCAAUGCUUGUCUAUGGGGAUUGCAUGGCUGUGUGCUUGAUUGUAUACACCUGUCAGCAACGGGUGUGGCUGAAAUAGCUGAAUCCACUAUUUUGAAGUCGUGUCCACAUAUUUUUGUGUAUGUUCCGCUUUCUUCAACUCAUACAAUGCCCAUAUCUUGCUCUAGGUACGGUAUGCAUCAGACAGGGGAGGUGGCCGAAAAGGCUUCUUUGGGGGGUUCUUGGACAACCUCAAGCAGGAGCUCAGCAAGAACAAGGAAAUGAAGGAGAACAUCAAGAAGUUUCGCGAGGAGGCCAAAAAGUUGGAGGAAUCAGAAGCUCUGAAGCAAGCUCGGAGGAAAUAUGUGAGUGCUCCAAUCCAUUGAACAGCUCUAUUCAUUCAUCUUUGGGUGGGCAUUUGUGGCCCAGCAAAUUAAUAUUGAUGCGCAUGUCAAAUGUUGUUUCAUUGUCACAUUGAACAAAGGAUGUUGUUAGGCAGGUUGGAUUCAAUAAUUACUUGAUUUCUUUCCUUCACUAUUUUACUUUCUUCCUUAGCAAACCAUAGAGUCUGAAACUGUGAAGACGUCUGAAGUUCUGAAGAAGAAGUUAGGGACCUUCUCAGAGACUGUGAAAGAGGUACAUGGAUUGCUGUAGUCACACGAGUUCCGUCAUCAAGGCUGAUGAGUAUGGUAAAUGUAGAGCUGCAUGUUGUCAAUUAAAUGGCAACAUUGACAUGAAUUACAUGCAGUGCCUUCGGAAAGUAUUCAGACCCCUUUACUUUUCCCACAUUUUAUUACGUUAGCCUUAUUCUAAAAUUGAUUAAAUACAUUUUGUUACUCAUCAAUCUACACCAAUAGCUCAUAAUGACAAAGCGAAAACAGGUUUUUACAAAUGUUUGCUAAUUUAAAAAACUAAACCGUGAUUCCUUAUUUACAUAAGUAUUCAGACCCUUUGCUAUGAGACUCGAAAUUGAGCUCAGUUGCAUCCUGUUUCCAUUGAUCAUACUUGAGAUGUUUCUGCAACUUGACCGGAGUCCACCUGUGGUAAAUUCAAUUGAUUGGACAUGAUUUGGAAAGGCACACACCUGUCUAUAUAAGGUCCCACAGUUAACAGUGCAUGUCAGCGCAAAAACCAAGCCAUGAUGUUGAAGGGAUUGUCCAUAGAUCUCCGAGACAGGAUUGUGUGGAGGCACAGAUCUGGGGAAGGGUAAAAAAUUAAUAAUAAUCUGCAGAAUUGAAGGUCCCCACGAACAAAGUGGCCUCCAUCAUUCUUAAAUGGAUUAAGUUUGGAAAUCUUCCUAGAGCUGGCCGCCCGGCCAAACUGAGCAAUCAGGGGAGAAGGGCCUUGGUCAGGGAGGUGACCAAGAAUCCGAUGGUCACUCUGACAGAGCUCCAGAGUUCCUCUGUGGAGGUGGGAGAACCUUCCAGAAGGACAACCAUCUCUGCAGCAGCAGGGACUGAGAGACUAGUCAGGAUCGAGGUAAAGAUUAACGGAGCAAAGUACAGAGAGAUCGUUGAUGAAAACCUGCUCCAGAGCGCUCAGGACUUCAGACUUGGGUGACGGUUCACCUUCCAACAGGACAACGACCCUAAGCACACAGCCAAGUCAACGCAGGAGUGGCCUGCGGAACAAGUCUCUGAAUGUCCUUGAGUGGCCCAGCCAGAGCUAGGACUUGAACCUGAUCGAACAUCUCUGGAGAGACCUGAAAAUAGCUGUGCAUCAACACUCCCCAUCCAACCUGACAGAGCUUGAGAGGAUCUGCAGAGAAGAAUGGGAGAAACUCCCCAAAUACAGGUGUGCCAAGCUUGUAGCGUCAUACCCAAGAAGACUCUAGGCUGUAAUCGCUGCCAAAGGUGCUUCAACAAAGUACUGAGUAAAGGGUCUGAAUACUUAUGUAAAUGUGAUAUUUCAGUUUUUGCUAAAAUGUCUAAAAACCUGUUUUUGCUUUGUCAUUAUGGGGUAUUGUGUAUAAAUGAGGGGGGGGGAAACGAUUUAAUCAAUUUUAGAAUAAGGCUGGAAAAAGUCAAGGGGUCUGAAUACUUCCCGAAUGCACUGUAUGUAUGCCUUCGUCAUGUCAGCAGAAAGUGUGUGAGUGUCUCAGACAAAGUUCAUGUGUCUGUUUUAUUUGUUUUUAGGGUCUGGAAGAGGUCAGUCGUACAGAUAUAGGGAGGAAGAUCAAGGAGGGAGUGGAGGAAGCAGCAAAGACAGCCAAGACGUCUGCAGAGUCUGUGUCCAAGAGUGGCGAGAAACUGGGAAAGACUGGUGCCUUCAGGGCAAUAUCUCAGGUGAGAAUGGAUGGGUUCUCCCAAGGUCCAAAAAGGACCAAUUCAGCACUUCAAAGUCAAAUACCGGGUUCGGUCAUGUUCACUGCAUUAUAGCAAUCACUGGCUCCAUUUGUUGUCACUGCAUAGACCAAGCAAGUCAAAUGAUCAGGAGGGAAUGUACAGAACCAACCCAUUGCUUAGGGAGCUCAUCACAACAGCCCAUACAUUUCCCCUAAAGCCUGCUGUAUGUGCACACACAGGGUAUAGAGAGUGUGAAGAAGGAGAUUGAUGACCUUAAUCAGAGUGGGCCCUACCGGGCCCCCAAGAGACUACGGAAGAGGAGUGACUUUUCGUCUAAGGCUGCAGAAAAUGAGAACAAGGUCUUCGAGGCCAAUGAGUACGUGCUGGCAGUCUCCCACUCUCAUUCUGUUUCGGUAGAGCUCUAGAUUUGUAUUUGAGUCAAUAUCACACCAUGUUUUUCAGUGCCCAAAUUGCACAUGCGGGUAUAAUUUGGAUGCACAGCCAGGGUGAAAGUCAGUUCUAGUCUAGAUAAGUGUGUGUAGUGGCAUGGCCGUGAGCACUGAGCAGUGAUCUGUUUUCUAGGGAGGCCAUGGGGGUGGUGCUGCACAAGGACUCCAAAUGGUACGCACAGUGGAAGGACUUCAAGGACAACAAUAUGGUUUUUAACAGUAAGGACAGCCUGUCUCUAUCAGUUUGUUAAUCUUUCUGAUGUCUGCGGUAGUCAUUGCAGUCUAAGUAUCACCCUUCCGAAUCAUAAUGUAGGAGGAUGAUAUGUUAUUUAUAUGAUGAAGACAGAGCGAUUCCUCUAAAAUAUUACAUUAUUGCUACAUCAAAGAAUGGUAAGAAUGUCUGCUGCUGUAAAACGUUUGUCCAGUAGAUGGGGCUAAGUGCAAGUGUAUAACAAUCAGUGGCUUAGUGCUGUGAAUCAGGCUCUGUGGAAACCAUGCCCAUAUACAGUGGCUUGUUGCUCUGCGGGGCGUGGUGCGUUUGUUAUCUUUACCAAGUGUCCUUUACGUUUGACUUUACCUUGAACAUGAACUUUUGUCCAUUUCCAAAUUCAAACUGUCGUCAUGGUUGGCAGUCAAAUGUUCCGGUCUCCAAAAUCAUAAAGUCUUGAGGGUGCACAUUGUAAGGGAUCCAAACCUAGUGUAGAUGGGGCUCCCUCUGCUAGCUGAUUGACUGCUGUAUCAGCCUGGUGAACAGUGUCCUGCUCCUAUUAAAACCUUUGUGCUAAUGGUCCCCCACUAACGAGCAGCAGGUAAUGGGAGCCCAGGCACUUCCUAGGCGUCGGGUAGGAGAGGCUGGGGAGCAGUGUCUUUUUACUAGGUGCCUUGAAAACAACUGUUCCUGUUGUUGGUUUUCACCGUAGCCUUAUACAGGGAGCAAGCAAUUAAGCAUUACCUAAGGAAACUGCACCGACUAUAAAUCAUGUUUCUGAAUUGUGAAAAGGAACUAUGAUAUACAGGAAGGACAUUGUACAAAGUCAAUAGAAAUAAAUUGUAUCAAGUUUCUUAUUGUCACAUCACAAUUUACAUUUUUAGUCAUUUAGCAGACGCUCUUAUCCAGAGCGACUUACAUUUAGUGAGUGCAUACAUUUUUCAUACUGGCCCCCCCCCGUUGGAAUCUAACUCACAACCCUGGCGUUGCAAACGCCAUGCUCUACCAACUGAGCUACACAGGGCCUACUUGCCUGACACUGUAAAUACAUAAUGGAAUCCAAUCUGGGUAUGUUUGUACUGCAUGUGUUAUCAGAGAAUGUGCCAGCGAAGUACAGUAAGUAAUCAAUCACACAGCAGAGCGAUACUGUACAACGACCCACAGCUCAGUCCCAGUGUUUGAUCCAUAUGAUACAACUCAAUGCCCUGACCUUGGGGAAACGCUACUUAUGCUGAGUCCAAAAAAACUCUUCCCCCAGCCUGUUACUCUUUGUUUGACGUUGAUACACUGCAAUUACAUGAGAUCACUCACACUGCACUCCCCAUUUGCACUCUCUUCCAAGGGUUCUUCGAAAUGAAGAUGAAGUAUGAUGAAAGCGAGAAUGCCCUCGUCAGAGCGUCUCGUGCCGUCACUGAUAAAAUGACCGACCUCCUAGGUAACCUACUAACUUCUCCAUGCCACCAACCCUAACCCCAAUCACAUGUUUUUGGUAGGUGGGCUCUGUCUUUGUUCUUGUCUAAAGUUGUGUGUGCAUGUCUGGUCAGGUGGGCUCUUCUCCAAGACAGAGAUGUCUGAGGUGCUGACAGAGAUUCUGAAGGUGGACCCGUCGUUCGACAAAGAUGUGUUCCUCAAGCAGUGUGAAUUUGACAUCAUACCAAACGUCCUGGAGGUAAAGAAAUAUCUUUCCUCCCCUAACAUUUGUGUGGUACAGAUUGUGUUGAAGGCAUACAGUAGGAAAACUGGUUUUCUUUUUGAGCUGAAGACACUUGGAAAUAAAACCUUCCAUGUAACACUGAGUUGUAUGUCACUGCAGUUAAUAGACACUAGACAAAUUAUUCGGUCUGCGAUCUUCAACAUUAGUUGAAACAGUCUGUCUCACUUAAAUCUGAUGAAUAUCCAGACAAAUUGUAAAAUCAAUGGAGCACUUCUUUCUCCACUGUCCAGAUACAUUUUAUUGCUCUUUUUGUCUAUAUCUGCAGUGCCUCAUGAGGUGUGGAUAUCACACUAGUCUGACCUCUCUGGUUGCUUUACCUCUCUCUGUCUCUUUCUGUCUGCAGGCCAUGAUCCGAGGGGAGCUGGAGGUUCUGAAGGACUGGUGUUAUGAAGCGGUAAGCACUCUUUUAUUGACCAGUUUAUUAUCGACUAUUCAUUUGUACACCGACUGAAGAUAAAUUGAUUAUUUGUGAAGCACUGUAAAUGUAGACCUGCAAUAGUGGUGCUGAGAUGUUCUGUAUUUUUUUUCCUGCCCUUGCUGUUCUUAGCCCACACCUCUCUGUCUUAUGUGUAGACUUACAGCCAGCUGGCCCACCCUAUUCAACAGGCCAAGGCUAUGGGCCUGCACUUCCACUCUAAGAUCCUGGACAUAGACAACAUUGAUGUGAGUUACCCUUUACAACAGUCUCUUCCUAAUAUUUGUUUGUGGGAUUUGCUUUUCUAAUAGUCUUUAAUUGUGUGUGUGUGUGUGUGUGUGUGUGUGUGUGUGUGUGUGUGUGUGUGUGUGUGUGUGUGUGUGUUCAGCUGGCCAUGGGGAAGAUGAUGGAGCAGGGCCCGGUGCUGAUCAUCACCUUCCAGGCCCAGCUGGUCAUGGUGAUCCGCAACACUAAAGGAGACGUCAUAGAGGGAGACCCUGUGAGUAGAAUACACUCUCCAUCUCUACUCUGGAAAUGAGGAUCAUUUGUAAAAGUAUUAAAACAGGGCUCUGUUUGUCUCUGAGCUUGGCUAGUCAGAUAUGGCAAUGUUUCAGACCUGGGGUGCAUCUCUUAUAGUCUAAAGUGGCUUCCUUCCCUUGUCUUUCAAAGGAGCGAAAGAGAGGAAGCCAGACUAGACUACUGAGACCCUGCUGACUGUCAGCCAGGCUCCACAUGAAAGCCUCCUGAGCUGUAAAUCUGUCUGAUAGGCCAGUGAGGGCACCUCAGGGAGGCUUUGGAUUGGGGGAGGGGGAGGGCUGGGCAUAAUGGGAGCCGCAGGAAACUGGCAUGCACCCCCUCAGUCUACCGCAAGGCACUGCCAGGGGAUUUAUGGAGGCUGGGCUUUUAUUUGUUCUAUUGUUGAUGAUGCAACUUUUGUUCCCCCUUGUCUCUCACUGAGAGAAUAGGCUGGAAAGGCUAGCAGGGAGGGUUGUACAAUUUGGACACCUGUUCAAAAGCAUUGAAAGUGACUUAAUUUUUGCAACUUGCCAUUACCUUUGUCUGUUUGGCCCACAGGACAAGGUGCUGAGGAUGAUGUACGUGUGGGCCCUGUGUCGAGACCAAGAGGAGCUGAACCCCUAUGCAGCCUGGAGACUCCUGGACAUCUCUGCCUCCAGCACUGAACAGAUCCUCUGA